AUGCUCUUCAGGCGUUUACAUUCUAGUAGCAAAUUUCAGUAUCUGAGUCUGAGGUGUUUUUCAUCUGCAACUCCUCCUAUUGUACUUAAACAUGGUGAUGUUUUGAAAAAAGCAAGGGUUUUUACUGAGGAAGAUGUCCUUCACUACUCCAAAGUGAGUCACGAUUCUAAUCCUUUGCAUACUGAUUCAAAUGCUGCUCGAAAUGUGGGAUUUGAAGGUCCACUCGUACAUGGGAUGCUUGUUGCUUCACUUUUUCCUCAUAUCAUCUCAUCACAUUUUCCUGCAGCUGUGUAUGUGUCUCAAACCUUAAAAUUUAAGUUACCAGUCUAUAUUGGAGAUCGGAUUGUUGGUGAAGUAGAAGCAACUAAUCUAAGAGAAAAUAAAAACCGAUAUCUUGCAAAGUUUAAGACAAGGUGCUUCAAGAAUGGAGAAGUUCUUGUCAUUGAAGGCGAGGCAUUGGCUUUGUUACCAACCCUUGAUUAUAGAGCAGUGGAAGUAUAA